CAGACUACGCUGGAAACAUCCUUCCCCUCACUCCGCCUACCCCAGCCUCUCUCUCUCCGGUCCUGGGCCUUGCCUGCAGGGUCCCGGGGAGCUCCAAGUGGCGACAGCGCUGUCUUCCAGGCGAAGCCUUGCCGUGGGCUGUACGGCCGGCCAGAGCUCCCUCCCAGCGGGGGGCUCCCGCAGCCCUUACAAGGAGUUUGGCGGCUCUCCGGGCAGCCCCGCCCGCCAGCCUCUACGGGCCCCUCCUCCCGCCCGGCUGGGCCGGGCCGCGGGAACGCAGCCCUCUCCGCUCUCGACGCCGGGCCCGGCGCGGACAUCGACGGGCCCGAGCCCGCGAGUGUGAAAGGAGCCGGCGACUAGCUCCCUAGGGCCCCAACAGGCGGGCACGCGGCUCGGGGCCCUUCGGCAGAGGACUCGUGACCUUCUCAGCAGGGUCGCCAUGUCCUCGGUGUUCGGGAAACCCCGCGUGGGCAGCGGGUCGCAGAGCGCGCCUCUCGAGGUCAACCUGGCCAUCCUGGGACGCCGCGGGGCUGGCAAGUCCGCUCUGACCGUGAAGUUUCUGACCAGGAGGUUUAUCAGCGAAUAUGACCCCAAUUUGGAGGACACCUACAGCUCCGAAGAGACAGUGGACCACCAGCCUGUCCACCUGAGGGUUAUGGAUACUGCAGACCCGGAUACCCCCAGGAACUGUGAGCGCUACCUGAACUGGGCCCACGCCUUCCUGGUGGUAUACAGCAUGGACAGCCGCCAGAGUUUCGAAGACAGCAGCAGCUACCUGGAGCUGCUUGCUUUGCACGCCAAGGAGACACAGCGCAGCUCCCCUGCCCUCUUGCUGGGCAACAAGCUGGACAUGGCCCAGUACAGGAAUGGCGGAUGGGGUGAUCAGCAGUGCAGGGUGAUCACCAAGAUCCAGCCAAUGGAACCUUGGCCUCAAGACCUCAGGCAGGUCACCAAGGCAGAGGGUGCAGCCUUGGCUGGCAAGUUUGGGUGCCUGUUUUUCGAGGUCUCUGCCUGCCUAGACUUUGAGCAUGUGCAACAUGUCUUCCACGAGGCCGUGCGGGAGGCGCGGCGGGAACUGGAGAAGAAUUCCCUGCCCCGGCCCCUCUUCAUCUCCGAGGAGAGGGCCCUGCCACACCAGGCUCCGCUCACUGCCCGGCAUGGGCUGGCCAGCUGUACCUUCAACACACUUUCCACCGUCAGUCUGAAGGAGAUACCUGCCGUGGCCCAGGCCAAGCUGGUCACUGUGAAGGCAUCCCGGGCCCAGAGCAAGCGCAAGGCACCUACCCUGACCCUGUUGAAGGGCUUCAAGAUCUUCUGAGGGCACCCCUAAGGAUCCCAGACUUAGGGGCUGUGCAGGGCUGCAGGAUAGGGGCUGACUUCUCACCACUGGCUUUCCCUCUGAUGGAACAAUAGCCCUCUGGCGGACAGUUGAUCGCUCUUCCAGCACCAAGUAAUUUCCCUGACACCCAGUUUACUGUGUGAGCUGGAGGGACAGGCAGAAUGCUGCUCUUAGUCCCUCCAGGCCUUGGUUUCCAUGGUAACUACUGCCGUUCCCCCACCCUGAAGGGAAGUAGCCACAAAACAACACGGAGACCUGGGUCUGGCUGAAGUGGAAGGAAAUUGCAGUGUCCAUCAUGGUGCCAUCACCCCUUCCUGCUCCAGCAACAGCCAGGCCAGAUGUGGCCCCUAGUGGACAGCUCUGGAUGUCUGGUCAGCACCAGUAGGCCCUGCGUACAAAGAGGCCGAAGAACAUUCUACAGGAGCAGACUUGAAGUCCUGGCACCACCUAGUGGACGGAAAGGGCAGAGCGGCUACAGGUUUUGGGUGGCCUGAGCCUGGCCCUCCUGUUGUCUUCUGAUUUCACAGAAGCCCCAAGCACCAAACCCCACAGUUUAUCCAAGUAAAAUCUAGUUUAAAUAAUCCUAUGGGACAGCCUGUGAGAAGCAAAAUUCCCAGGAAGGGCUUUUUCUGGUACUUUGCCUCUCAAUGAGGAUAGAAGGUUGGGGGCUCUAGGUUGCCUUGGGUAGUGAGCAUCCAGUGUUUUAGUCACCAGGAAGCAGCCCUGCCUUGUUUUCCCAUCUUAAAUUAAGGAUUCUCUCCACAGACCCUCAGGACCAGCUUCCUGAAGCUUAAUGAUCGAAGCUGCAGAAAAAAGUCAUUCUCUCUAGUGACCAUCACACAGGAUCCAGAGAGCCUGUAACUGGCAGUAUCAGACAUCCGGUGGGCACUGUUAGCCUGUCCCAGGCUCGUAGGCAGAAACACAGUAGAGCAGUUUGUAGUCUGGUCCAGCAAGACCCAGUACCUUUGGCAAUGGGUCUGAAUGUUCAAAGUCCACUUUUGAAAGAUAGAACCUAAAGCAUUUUUGGCCACCAUAGCUUAUACCAUAACACUGUGGCUCGGAUGUGGGAUCAGGACAGCACUCUUGGGAUUCCAUUGUUAGCACAGGGAGCUCUAUAGUUUUCUAACUCUGUUUAUCUCAGGGCCCCUGGCCCAAAGGAAAUCUCUGGUAGAACCUCAGCAGAUAAGCAGGUAAAGGAAAUGGUUCUGGUAGGAGGAAGGGGUGGCAAGGGGAUUCUGAGCCCAGAAUCCUGCUCUUGGCAAUUCCAGGAGCUUGGAUUAAGAACAACGGCUCUAGAGGUACCUGGGUGGUUCAGUCAGUUAAGCGUCGGCCUUCGGCUCAGGUUAUGAUCUCGUGGUUUGUGAGUUCGAGCCUCGCGCCAGGCUCUGUGCUGACAGCUUAGAGCCUGAAGCCAGCUUC